AUGAAUACGAACAAAAAUAAAACGUUUCACAAGAAGCUGCAGGAUAGAAAAGUAAUCAAGGAAUUUUCAUACGUUUCUUUUAAGAAGGAAAUUGCGAAGUUGUAUGAAAAGGAGAAGGACUUCUUUAAGCAGAUGCAUAAUGGAACUCUAUCUUCGGAAGAUGUUGUAGGAUGUGAUAGGGGGAGUGAGUCAUAUGCGGAGAAACAGGUGAACGGGGGGGAGGACUACCCCAUGGAUGGUGUCGGGUUGGUCUCCAAAAUGAGAAAUGGAUCUAUGGCACAUCAUUUGGGACGAGGGAGCGACGAAAGACAGGAGGCCAUGAAAGGGGCAGAUCCCAAAGGAGGUGUAACCGGCGGAUUAGGUAUUCUGAAAUCUUCUUCCUUGGGUGACAGACACACGGGAAGUUUCCACUUGUGUUCUAUGGGGGAGCAUACCGAUGGAGAUAGCUCUAUGAGUGAUGUGAGUGGUGCGGGGAGGAACGAGCACCAAAUGGAAGUAGCGAAGGUGGAGAAGACGAAGAAGUCGAAGAAGGCUAAGAAGGCUAAGAAGGCGCUGGAGGAGAGGAACGAGAGCGCGGAGAUAAUCAAACAAGAGGAAAAGGAAAUCAUAAGGAAAGUGCUACGAAUAAUUUUAACCAAAAAAAAAUUAAUAGAUAUUUUAAAUAAGUACUUUGAUGAAAACAGAGUAAAUUUCGUAAGCCCACGAAUGUUGAGGUUUAUUUUAAGAAAGGCAGAAAAAAAUGUGGACUUUCAGAUGAUAAAAAUACUUCUUGUUCAGAAUAUAGACAUGAAGAAUAUAGAGAACACAAUCAACACUAAAGGGAAAAGGAAGUUAUUCAAAAAUUAUAUUUUUUCAAAACAACGAGUGAGAGCCAUAGAAUGUGUGCUCCUUCAGACUAUAGAUAUAGAUGAAGAGGAGUUCAAUUUUCGUGAAUCUUAUAAAGAGUUAGACAUAACCUCGGAUGAGUAUUUGCUUUGUGUGGAGAUCGUAUGUUCUUAUUUGACACAGAACCUUGAGGAGGGCAAGGCGAAUUACAAAAAAUACUGGGCUAUACAUAAACACGUUAAGGAGCUUUUGCAUGGGAACUCCAGUGCAUAUGAAAGCGGCAGUAGUGGAUCUGUGCAUGGGAACACUGGAAUGGACACACAGAGAGAUGAAGAUGGUCAGAGAAUCAAACAGAAGAAAAAGAAGAAAAACAAAAAUGACACCCAGGCAGAGGAGGAUAUUUCCUCUCUGCGUAAUAAAGGAGGGGAUAGACACGGUGAUGAAGUAGAGGAUCCCAAAAAGGGAAACACCACGCAGGGAUAUCCCACGAAGGAGAAUCCCACCGAGAAAAUUCCAUAUCAACCAGGUGUGCCGAAGGGAGGCUCAGAAGAAUUGCUGAAAAUCGUUAACGAAGAAAUGAAAAAAAGAGACCGAGAAAUUGACACACUGAGAAGGUCAUUGGAGAUGAUAGAAAAGGAUGUGAAGUUGCUGUUGAGGAAGAGUGAUGUGAGGACAGAUUCUGUGGAUGAUUCGUUGGAGGUUUCCAGAAAGAGCAAUUCUUCGUAUUGCGUCUCCGAGAAGACACCACCAGUAGUGAAUCCAUCCGUCCAAGCAGUCGUGGAACCACCUGUGGCCGUCCCGAUAAGCGAGAAAGAUGUAACAUCGUUCAGGCAGAAGGCAUUCCUCCUGAUGAACCUCUUGAAUGAGCACCUCACCGGGGAGGAAACCAAAACAGGCGCAAGUGGGAAGAAGCAAAAGGAAGGAGAAUCAUUAAGCCUGAAUUAUCUGAACGACGAAAUUGACAGGCUGAUAGGCAUCAUGAGGGGGGGAGAAAAACCCAAUGCAGAAAAAUUAUGUAAAAAAGAAUUAUGCGCAGAAAAAACAUGUGUACGCGAACCAUGUUCAGAGAAACCGCGUGACCACGUAGGACAAAAUACCAGUAGCAUGUGGACCCCCUCGGAAAGCGCCUCCAACCUGGAGGAAGAACGAAACAAGUUGGUAUCUCCUCAAAUGAAUGGAAUAAGCAAGAAGGAGAAGGCAAACAAGAAAAACGUUGAUCAGCUGCCUGGGGAAAUAACUCCGGAGGUAUUAAAUGUGGGGAGAAAAGCAAGAGCUAAAGAGGUAGACACAAUUAUGCAUACAACAGGGGAAAAUUCUUCGAAGAAAAUAAGCCCCUUUAAAGUGGGUGUCCCCGAAGUGGAGUCGACAUGGGAAUUAAAGAAAAACGAUGCGACAAAAAUGGAGAGGAAUGUUACCACACAAAUGAACUACACAGAUAGAUUGAAAGACAGGCAAAAGAAAUCCUCCGUCUAUGCAUACGACAUAAGUACGACUCGAUGGAACAACCGCUAUAGCGUACUUGAACCUAAAAGAGAAAAGAAAAAAAAUAGCAUCGUUGAAUACGUCAAUAAUUUUAUGAACAGUGUAGGAAGUGAUAAAAUGAGCGAAGGAAUCUCUUCUGUGGAGAGUAGCAAAAGGGAAGACAUGGUUUCUUCUCAAAACACGAGCUCAGAUGCAUCCGUCCCUGUGAUGAACACAUAUAAGAGGAGGAACUACUUCCAGGAAUACAUGAAUUACUGCAAGGAGGAGGCUGACGAGGAUGAUGGGGAUGGAGAGCUGAGUGACCUCGUGUCGAUGAAUAAUGCACCCCAUGUGUACUCCAGGGGUGGGAGAACUACCAACCAGUGGAAACGCGAGAAUAAAGAGAAAAGAGAAAAGGAAGCGGAGGAAAAUAAAGAGGCGGUGAGGGGAAAUCGAGCAAAGAGUGAACACCUGAUGAAUCUGAAUGAGAAACAGACCAAUCGCAUGGUGAGCACCGGUAAGGUUAACAGAAACAACAUAACAGCGAAAACAAACCGCAGCGUCGAAAAGCGGGAUACCGGAGUUGUGGAGAAAAGUGGAGGAAAUGAGGUUGCGAAGAAAGGGGGAACUCAUGAAGUAGCGGAAAAAAUCACGCAGGGGAUUGUGAUAGCCCGGAGACGGGACGAAAAGCAAGACCCAGCGAAGGGAAAAAAGAAGAAAGAAGGUGAAGAGGGAGAUAAGAACCCAAGUGGGGUCAAAGACGAUAAAGGUGAAAGUGAUACUGAUGAGAAGGAGAAGCAACGUACGCAGGAGUUGGACGAGCUUGAUAAGCUGAGCGACCAUGCAACGGAGAGCGGUGAUAGUGUGGUUUACAACUACAACCUGUAUAGCGCCAUAUACGACCUGAACGAGCAGUUUUCCAGUGUAGUGAAGAAUAUGUACAUGGAGAAAGACGUUGGGGGGGCACUCGCAGGGACUCCAGAAAAUGAGAAGGUGAAGUCAAAGGGGAAGAAGGAAAAAGGAAAAAAAGGAAACAAGCUCCAGCAGGAAGUGGAAAAUUCGACCGACAUGGGUAGCAUGGCAGAAAGUGCAGAGAAAAGGAAGAAAGAGGAGAAACUCAAGAGGAAGGCCAAGAAGAAGGAAGAGAAGCGGCGAAGGAAGGAACUGAUGGAAGAAGAAAAGAUGAAAGUGAAAGAAACGAAAAAGGAACAGAAGAAGAAAAUAAAAGAAAUGAAAAAGGAAGAAAUGAGGAAAAUGAAGGAGAUAGAGAAGGAGAAGAAGAAAAAGUUGAAGGAGGCACGUGAAGCUAGAGAACAGAAGGAAAUGAAAGGGAAGGAGGUCAAGAAGAAAAAGUUGAAGGAGGCACGUGAAGCGAAAGAACAGGAGGAAAUGAAAAGUAAGGAGGUCAAGAAGGAAAAGGGGGCAAGGGCGGCAAGGAAGGCAAAAAGGGCUGCAGCCAGAGCAGCCGCAACAGCUACCGCAACAGCUACAGCAACGGCUACCGCAGCGGCCCAGGGCGUGGAUGGACAGAUCACGGAGAAUUCCUCCAUGAAAGAGGAGAACCCCAGUAAGGUGACCAAGGCGGCGAAUCCCGCUCCAAACAACGACUACAACUUUAUCGAUGCCAAGUCCAAUGACAAGAACAAGAAAAUGAAGGCACAAAGGGGGAAAAUCAUAUACGAUGAUUACAUAACUCAGGAAAAGGCAAUUAGGGGAAUCAUCAAGAAGAAGUACAUACGGGGAAUCCUCACCGUACGGAGGCACGACUACGGGUUUGUCAUGUGCAACGACGGAAAGGUGCAUAUAAAGUCGAAGAAGGACAUGAACAGAGCUAUCCAUGGGGACGCAGUGGUGGUGAAAUUGAAUAAGGACAAAGGGGGAGAGGCGAGCGAGGUAGGAGAAGGGAAGAUGGGGAAAAAGAUCAUCCAUAAGGAGCACACGGAAAGAGGACCAAAGUCGUCAAAUAACUGGGCAGAUGAGAAGGAGGACGAACUCACAGGAAAAAUAGUCUACAUAGAAGAACACCACGGAUCGAAUAUCCAAUACGUAUGCAUGUUUAGGGAAAAGAUAAAAAAGCAAAAGUACAAUUUGGCUAUCCCAUUUAAAAAAACUAUCCCAUUUAUUAAAGUUGAAAAUAAGCACAUAAAAGAAUUCAUUAAGAAGAGUAACAUCGCGGAUAUAAUGAAUCAGAUGGCGUAUAUAAAAAUAUUUCAAUGGAACACAAAUGAUAUAUUUCCGGAAGGAAGAAUUGUAGAACUGCUUGGACAAAACGACUUAUUCCACAACAUGCAAAAUGCUAUAUUGCUAAAUUACAAUUUAAAUUAUAAUUUAAGGGAUCCUUUGGAAGAUGAAUUUUUGAAAAAAUUAAAAAACAAGGAAAUUUUAUACAGUGAUAUAGUAAAUGAGGAAAUAGAAAAGAGAAUGAACCUGAGUAAAAAAUGUAUCUUCACCAUCGAUCCUGAAACUGCGAGAGAUUUGGAUGAUGCCAUUAACAUCAGCAGAAUAAGUAAAAAAAAAAUAGUCAAUUGCAAUUUUUAUAUCAAAGUUAUUCACAAUUUGCUGGUCCAUAAUGGAGAAAUUGAGGAGUCCAUUUUGAAAAAGAAUCUCUCCUUUUUUGUUAAAGAGGAUGAUGAUUUUUUCCAGACGUUGAAGGAGAAUAAAUACAUCAAGGAGAUGGAGGAUAUUAAGUAUGAAAAUUUUGUUAAAAAUAAAAUGGAGGGAAAAAAAAAAAAAAAAAAAAAAAAAAAAAAAAAAUUAUACAUUGGGAAAGAAGCUCUGAACAAGUCCACUUGGGGAAGCUACCAAAACGAUGAGGUAGACAAAAAGAGAGGUAACUCCUUUCGGGAAGAGAGGAAUCGACUCGAUGAUGUAUGCACCCGUUAUACACAUCAGGCGAACCAACAUAUGGAAAGCAUCGGCACCACGCAGGAGAACUCCUUGCAGAGAAACAGCAGCAAUGGACAGGGGAAGGGUAAGUACCGCCACGUUCUGGGGUACGAGGGAGGAAGGUCUAAGUAUGAUCCUCUCAGUGUGAACAAGAAUUAUGGAAUCUCCGAAUCGGACACGGGUUUAGAGAGCACCGCAAAGGGAGGACACAGAUAUACAAGGAAAGGCGAAAGGAGAGGCAGAGAUGAUGAUCUGGACAAAUGCGGAAACCCGUUUGAGGAUUCCUCUAUGUGUAAUUCUGGUUACGGUGGGAAGAAGUCGUUGGAACGGGAUAAUUGUGAUGAUGGAAACGAUGAUCAAAAUGGUAACAACCAUUUCCAUGGGGACAACGACGGUGACACGAGCCCCGGAAAACUCGCAAAAUACCAAUAUAUAUUUAAAAAGUACCUGAACGAAGACAUAGGGAGGAAGGUCCAAAACAGCAACGAUUUGUUCUGCGAAAAGUGUAACAGAAAUAUAACUCUGAAGGAAAUAAUAAAUGACAUGACGGAGAAGAAAUGGAAAAAGUACAACUUAUUCGAAGUUGGAGUACACAUAACAGAUGUUGCCUAUUUUAUCAAAGAAAAUUCUUCCCUCGAUAUUGAUGCGCGCAGCAGAGCUAUGACCAUAUAUCUAACGCAUACAUGCUUUCCCAUGAUAUCAAGAAUUUUAAGUGAGUCCUUGUGUAGCCUGGACCCUAUUAACAGCCGAUUAUGCUUGUCGAUAUUUUUCUACAUGGACAGUGCAGGGAGAAUUGAUCACAAUAGCUUUUUCAUCAAGGAAAGCAUAAUAAACAGUAAGGUGAGGUUUACGUAUGAGGAGGUAUACUUGCUUGUGAAAACUUAUAGCAAAUUGAGAAAAGUAAUUAACCGUUUGAUGAAGGAAGAACGCAACAAGGCGAUUUCUCCCUUUUUGGGAGUUGCGUCUGGGGGGGAUACUACUCCGUGGGGGAAUAUGUCAAGUUUCACGGAGAAGCGUGAGGAGGGAGAUGAUGCAUUGAAGGGAGGAAGUGUUGCAGAAGCGCUCGAGUGUGGGCAGAACACCACACAAGCGAAUCAUGACAACCAAGCCCAGCGUGGUGUGGACACUGCGCAAGCAGUUGAAAAAGUGCCCGUCGAGGCGGUCCCAGCGGAGAAGGAGCAAGGAAACCAAAAGAGCAGCCUGUACAGAAAAUUUCUCAACCUACAUUUUUACUCGAAAAAGAAGAAGAGCGCCAGUGUUGAAUGUGAGAAUGCUGCCAGUGGGCGAAGCGAAGCUGACGUCGCGAACCAAAACAACGGUAGCAACGACAGCAGUUGCAACAAUAAUCAGAGCAAUAGCUGCGACAAUAAUCAGAACAAUAGCUGUGACAAUAAUCAGAGCAAUAGCUUAGACAAUAAUCAGAACGACAGUUGCAAGAGCGAAGAGAGAAAGAAGACAAACACACUGAUGAAGCAACGCAUUCUGCAAGAUGAACGAGUAAAAAAUGGAGUAAAGGAAAUUUUCAGAAUUUUCAAAAGCCUGAACAAUAAAAAUUACAAACUAUCCUACAGAAAAAUUUUUCACAUCGUAAAAAACUUGUAUUAUUUACACAAAGUUACCAAGCGGGCAAGAGUCAUACGAAAAAAUAAUGGCUCCCUCCUUUUCAACAGCGAUAAAAUGAACAUUCUUCUAUCCAGUACAUGUACUCCCAUAGCAAUUGUGAAGAAGAAACUAACCUUUGCGAACUACUUAGUGGAGGAACUCAUGUUAAGCGCAAACAAGUUAGUUGCCAUUCGACAGUAUUUUAGUAAAUAUAGAGACUUGUCGGUUUUUAGAUGCCACAGUAUGGAUAACAUAAUAGAAACAAGUGAUAUUAUUGAAGUUUUAGAAAAGCAUGGUAUUUAUUUGCCAGUAUCUGACCUGAGGCAUAUUUUAAAAUUUUUGGAUGAAGCAAGAAAUGUCAUUAAACAAAAGAGCAAAAAUAUCUCAGAUAUCGUGUUUGCCUAUGCCAAGAAGAAAAUGAUGAGAGCAGAAUAUCAUACCUUUAAACAUAUUAAGGACAACCAUAUGAGUACUUACCACUACGCACUUUCCUUCCUUCUCUACACUCAUUUUACUUCUCCUAUUAGGAGAUACCCAGACAUUUUGGUUCACCGUGUUAUUAAGAAAAUCAUCAAUGACGAGAACAAGCUGAAUGGCCACUUGUGCACUAGGGAAGAAAUCUUGACUACACCGGAUACCACAGACAUGGGCAUAAUUGAAAAAAUUUGUGAAAACUGUAACAAUUGCAAGACAAAAUCCAAGUGGGCCCAGAUAGACUGCGAAAUUGCCUUUUUCUGUUUGUAUUUGCAGAAGCAUGACUAUCCGGGUUACAACAGGGGCAUCAUCAUGGAUAUUUACAGAGAGAAAGCCUCUAUAUUCUUCAAGUCCUUCUCAUUUGAAAAUAGCCUCUACUACAGCGGUUACGAUAAGCAUAUCACCAAAAUGAACAAGAGCCAUCAGCAAUAUUUAAACCACUAUGUUAUACAACCAAAUAUGAUGAAGCAGGAGAUCACAGUUCAUAUUUAUAGUGGCAAGAAGAGAAAAAUCAUCGUGCGAAGGGUAUUCAAGCGCUUCGAUUACAUUCCCCUGUAUUUUUUCCCCUUGAAUACGAUGCCGCCAUCGUAUUUCCUCGCCAUCGCUACUGAGAAGUGUAAAGGAAAUGCGAUUUACAAAAUGAAUGACAAAGCAGAUCAAAGGUGA